UUUGAAAGAAAAAUAUAUAUAAGAUUCACUCAUUAUGAAUUGUAAAAGCUUUUUAUACUUAACAGCAACAUUUUUCGUCAUGCUGUCGGCAACUACAGGGUCUCGUGAAGAUUUAAGAGUACCCACACUCCCAACCCCAGAUAGACCACCACCCAUAACUGAUGCGCGAGUUCCCUUAAGACCACGACACUCAAAUGUUAGAGAAGUAUACGGACCAUUACCAUCUAUCCCAACACCAACACCAGCACAACCACAACGACCACCAUCACCACCCAACGAUGUUCAAGAAGUACCCGUAGUACAUCCACCAUUCAGCAGUUGAGAAAUAACUAAAGACAGUUCGCGCUAAUGCCAAAUUAUUGUGUACAAACAUAGCUAAAAUAUCCAAGAUCAAUGCCACAUCAU